UUUACCUUAUUUCUAGCAGUUUGUACUAGGCCACGCAUAAAACAUCUCAGAUGAUUAAAAUGUAAAGUGAAUCUGUGAUGCCACAUCGCAGAUUCUGUUGCCUUCUUUAUUUGAGAGGAUGAAAGUGGCAGAAUAAUAGGAUGCUGGUGCCACAGAUGGGGUUUUAUUUUGAAAAUGUAGACCGGGAGUUGUAUUUUAACCGAUAUGUCUUGACUGUGUUCACUGACGGGGGAGUCUCCUCUUCUCCAGUGGGCACGCACGUACAGUAUCGGGGAUUCCACAGUGGGCUCGGUCGUGUGAAGAGCAGGGUAAACAGGACGCGCACCGUCAUGUUCACGGGGAUGCGGACGGAGAAACGGGCAGACUCCGGCCUCGGGGACUCCGCGGCUCUGAGGCAGCAGAGGAGGCUGAAACAAGCCAUUCAGUUCCUCCAUAAAGACUCAGCUGAUCUGCUGCCUUUGGAUGGACUGAAGAAACUCGGGACGUCUAAACAGGGGCAGCCGCAUAAUAUUCUCCAGAAGCGCCUGUUGGAGGCCAAGCUGUCCCGAGGCAGGAUGAACAUGUGUGGCGGAGUCCUUCUGAGUCGCAGCCUCGUAAAUUCACACGACGACGAGAAUGAAGAGGAGGAAGACCUCAUCCAUGUGCUCUGCAAAUGUUUAGGACAGGAAGUGAAUGUACUCAUCGACACCGGGUGCAAGCUGAACCUGAUGUCCUCACUGAGUGUGGAGCGAUUAGGUCUCAAAGAGCUGGUCGAAGAGAAUAAAAUGGAGACGGGUGGCUUUCCAUUUCAGCGUCAUCUCUGCAUCGACGGUCACAUCAAGGAGCUCGGCCUCACUAUCGGACAACUCAGAAUAAUGUGUUCAUUUGCCAUAGUGGAAAGCAACAAGCCACUGGUGUCUCUUGGCAGCAAGACUUUGAAGUCACUCAAGUGUGUAAUUGACAUGGAAAAGCAGACGCUGUUGUUCGGGACAACCGUUAGAGAGCAAGUUGAGUUUUCCAAAAAAACUUUUAAUGAAAGCUCCUCCGACUUCAGAGACCUGGGUUACUGAUCAUCCUGCCCCAGAAACACACAGAUGAAGAGCAACAGAAAUAUUUACUCUUGCAACUAGAUGCCGCAUUAGGGAACAUUGGAUGUCUCGCAUCACACACUUACUUCCUCUCUGCUUGUUCAUUUGCUGUAUUUAGCAGCAACAUACUCCACGAUGACCCCACAGGUUUUUAAAUAAUACAUAAAAGCAGCCACUCACACUAACCGUUCCUUAUGUAGCAUCGGCAUCAUUGUAGCCUAGAGUAUGUAUCUUGUAUUAGCUGUCACUACAGUAGUGUGUUCUGUGCAGGUAGUAAACAGAAGCUGUAGUGUUGUAGCCUUUAAGAUUCUGAUAGAAUUGUGAUUUAUAAUGUAGAUCUUGUAUCCUACAAAUGAGCAACUGUUGUGCCAGAGGUAGUAUUUUACAGCCGUGGAGAACUUAGCACAAUCUAUUGUAUACAGAUUUACUGUAUCUACCGUGUUUUAUAACGUUGUAAAUGUGUUUUCUAGUCCCAAACAUGUAUUUGCAUUGAAGCCACUGCCUUUUGAAUGUUUACAAAAUAAUAGUGACGCUCGUGAUAUGUUUUAUCACUCGACUGUAGCAGGAGCGCAGCACUGAACAACCAAUAAAAUCCCAAAUUAUGUGA